AUGCCGGCCUCCGUGCGCUCCGACGCUACUCAUGGGACGCAGCGGUCGAGCAGCUCCAAGACGCAGGGGAAGUACAAAGUGAUCUCAAGGUCCAGCACUGUGGACGAGUCACUGUUUGGAAACAAUGGCAUGCCGGUGGUCACACGGAGCCCCACAAGAAAGCAAAAGGAGAACCAGGAAAACACGCGGAGUCGAAAAGGGGCAACUCAAAAGGAGGACACAGACAGCGUUCUCCUAACGAAGGGUGACAUUCAGCGAAUCAAGGGGACAGGGCUCAUCACGAGCGCAGAAGAGAAGGAGACACUAAGAUGUAUGCACGAGACGCAGAAGGAGCAGGAGCGGGCGGUGUCUACCCAACGAAAGAACGCUAUGCUCAAGAUGGAGGAGGAGAGGCGGAAACGAGCGCCGCUGACAGAAACAGACCGGCUGAAGCAGGAAGAAACGUCCAGCAUUCUGUCGGCCGCCAACCAGCAGCUAGACGAGCAACUAGACGAGGUGAAGCGGAUGAAUCAGAUGAUGCUCUACUCCAAGUGCAUGACCGUGAGGGACAAACAGAUCGAGGAAAAGAGAAGAAUCAAGGAACAGGAGGAAGCAGAGACUCGGCGUCUAGACGUUGCAAUGGAGGCAGAUCGGCGCAGGGCACUUGAGGAAUACGAAGAGAGGGAGAGGAGGCGCGUCGAAGAGUUCAAACAGGGGAAGAAGGUCAUCGAGCUUCAAAUCGAGGAGCGCGAGCUGGAGCGUCAGCGGCAGGAAGAGGUCCUCGCGCUGGAACGCCAGGCCGUGCUGGACGCGAUCGAGCGCAACAAGGCGGAGGAGCUGCGCCAGAUGCAGGAGCGGCGCGACGCGGGCGCGCGGCUGCUGCAGGCAAGCCUGCGCGCGCGGACCGCAGACUUGCUCCAAUGGCACUGUCACAGCGGUCCGACGUGUACUCUCAACUCUGCGGUCCGCCUGCAGGAGGUGUCGCGCAGCAACGCGGCGCUGAUUGAGCGCAAGAAGGCGCUCGCGGCCGCGGAGCGCGAGGAGGAGCUGCGCAUCGCGGCGUACAUCGCGCAGAAAGAAGCGCGCGAGGCGCAGGUCGCGGAGGAGCAGGAGCGGGUCAAGAAGGACCGGGAGCGCGAGGUGGCCAGGCUGCGCGGGAUGCAGGAGAAGGCCAACGACAAGCAGGCCGAGAUCGACGCGCUGCGCGCGCAGCGCACGCAGGAGGCGUACGAGCGCGAGUGGCGCGCGAAGGAGCGCGCCGAGGCGGAGCGCGCGCGGCGGCUGAACCAGGAGCUCGCGGAGGCGCGCGAGCAGCAGAAGGUCCUCAAGAUGAAGCAGCUGGCGGACUACGCGCAGGCAGAGCAAGCCGAGUUCUACAGGAUCAUAGCCGAAAAAAGAGAGAUGGAGAAGCGCGAGCGCGAGCUGGAGCAGCAGGCGCAGCGCAAGGAGGUGGAGCACAAGGAACAGCUGAAGCUGCAGAUCGCGCAGCGGGAGGAGGAGCGGCGGAGGGAGCGGGAGGCGCACCUCAGAGAGGGGGAUAAGAUCAAGCAGAAACUGCAGGCGGAGAAGGAUAAGCUGGAGAGGAUACGGAUGAAAAAGCUGCAGGAUCUGGAGAAGGAGGGCGUGCCGGAGAAGUAUAGGGCGGAGCUCAUGACGAAGAAGCUCAUGAAGUGA